AUGAAAAACGCCGAUAUUGUACCCGUGCUGUUUAAGAACACAACUAUCACUGAUCGCACUUGCUGUAUAUGCGAUUUAGUCGUCAAGCAACCCAAACAAGCUGGCUACAAGAACCUCAUCUCGCACCUUCAGGCCCACCACAGUGGGUAUGAAGAUGUGGCGGCUGAGUGUAUUAGAAAAGCAUGUGCUCCUAUGAGCAGCAUGUUCGUUCAUAAGGACACUGCUGAUACGUACGGCUGGGCCAAGCUCGUUGCGCUCAAGAACUUUUCGUUUACGCAUAUCGACGACCCUGUGACCAUAAUGCACGAGUUAUCAGGUGAAAAGUUUGCUCUUGUCUUGGACGGCUUCACGGAUGCUGCUGAGCACGCUAUUGCCAUUUUCGCUGCCACGAAAAAUGGCAUACGAUUCCUGGCAUUCUCUCGUUUCCUAGAUGAGGUGUCGAUGACUGCAGCUGAGCACAUGGGAUUCUUAGACAUGGUUCUCGAUCACUACAAGCUAGACAUCGCUAAUAUGGUCGCCAUCGUAGCUGAUAACAUGGAAACCAACAAAGCGAUUUCCCGUCGAAUUUCGUUCUCGUUCCUACGUCGGCCUGCUAGAUACACGACCCCGACACUAAGGAGGAAGACCGCGACAGUUUGGUGGAGAAGCAGGGUAUCUUCUCGCCGAGUUAUCGUGGGAACGAAAGCGCAGAAAGAGCGUGACUCGAAGUUCCUUGGCAAAGGAACGCCAAGUCGAGGGAAAGGGUCGAGAGAGCGAGACAUGGGCUCUCAUGGGUGGUCCGGAGAGGGACUAGGUGUGGAAGCGGGUGAGGGGCUCAGUGGAUGGGCUCCCCCGUUGGAGACGGAAACGCCACCUCCUGCAGCGAUCCGCGACGAUGAAGACGAAGAGUACACGGGAGGGGCCGAGAGUCGCGGAGCUCGAGAUGCUCGAAAGGACGACGACGGCAUGCUUGGGUCUGAACCCCUAUCUGCAAGAGCGAGGAGGGUGGCCGAGUCGGUGUUGGACAUGUCCCGGGGCCGAGAGAUGUUCAACCAGAUCCUCGCACGGCUGGCACGACAACCAGCGCCGAGCGAAGAGCUGACUCCGGCGAGGACGACGGCUGGUGAGACUGCGGAAGCAGCGAUGUCGACCCCGAGAGCUCGGCAAGGAGACGCGUUCUCCUUCGAUGCGUCGAGGCCGUCGUUACCUCUUGUGAGUGAGACGCGAGGCGAGGUACCGACAGUAACGCCAGCCAGUGCGGUGUUCGACACUAGAGGGACGACGAGGCACCCACCUCCGCGUGGGGUGGAACGGCAUAGUGUUGGUGAAACGCCGUUCCCGGAGAGUGGCACGCCUUGA